UUGUUGUCGCUGUUGUUGCUCUGGUUGUUAGUGUUGCCAACAACACAUCGAUUGUCACAGUCGCUGCCCUCGCAUUCCAAUUCAAAAAUGCCGCGCAUGCCAAUGAUCGCAGUCGCAGCGACGCCGCUGCUUCUGCUGACGCUGCUGCUGCUGCUGCUGCAGACGCCGACAGCAAGCACAGCGACGGCAGUUAAAGCUAAAGGAAACAUCAUGGAGGAGGAGACAACAUCAUUUGGGGAUAUCGAUGAAAGCACGGUGACCAUUAAAGUGGAUUCAGAUCUCAUUCUAACCACCGAGGAUAACAUACAGGAAUUCACCCAUCUGCCGGAUAAUGGACUGACAACCACGGAGGAACCACUGCCGCAGUCGGUGUUGCUCCAGCUGGAAAGGGAACGAACUGAGAUGUCACAUCAGCAAAAACUCAACGAAACAACAGCUAAGAAACUGCUGGAAAAUCUAAUAAAGACAACAACAACACCACCACCAACAAUAACAACAACUACCACAGAGGAAGUCACAACAAUUCGCAUGUCAAAUGAAAAGAACAAUUUUUACUCUGGACAAAAUUCGGAUUUGGAAAUGAUGGAGGAUAAAAGAAAUGGAUCUAUAGAAGCCACAACAUACUUGCCACAAUUCGAGGCAACUGUAACGCCUGUGGACAGUCUGGCAUUCUAUAUCAACACAAAUAAGUACGAAUCGCAGAGUGAGCAAGGCACCACCAAUACUCCAUUGGAGGAGUACAAAUUCACCAGUGGACCACUUCCGGCGGGUGUGGAGAGAUAUGCCACAGAAGAUUCACUCACAGAUGAAACCACAUUUCUGCAAAAUCUGGAAGAAAUGCUUGAAUCCACUCAAGCAACGGAGGAAGCCAUUUCGGAGACAACGCCAGCACCAGAGGAGAGCACCACUAGCACCACGAGCACCACAAGCACCACACCACAGGCGAUUAUAGUCACCACUGAGAAACCCAUGGAUAUUGUCGAUUUGCUGCGCAUGAUUAACUCCGAUAUGAUUACCACAAAGAUCAUGCCAGAAUCUACAACCACCGAAGAGUCAAUGCUUGAGUCGAGUACGGACAGCAGCACCACCAAGUUAGCUGAAGAAACCACAAUUGCAGCACCCAAAAUGCAAUCGAUGCUUGAAGCAAUUGUUACGACAACAUUUACGGUUCCUGAUGCAACCACAACUGUAGAAAGCAGCACCACCCAAAUUAUCGACGAAACCACAACUGAGCCUCUAAAAGGGACGCCAUCAUCUGAAGCUGCUGUGACGUCAACAACUACAAAUGCGCCCGAAACCACCAGCACAACUUUGGCAAGCAGCAGCACCACCAGCAUCACAGAAGAUAUAGCGGAAACCACAAUUGAACCACCCAAACAUCAGUCAAUGCUGGCAGCAGUGUUGAUGACAACAACUGACAGUGUGCCUGAGACAACGACAAGUUUAGAAACCACCACAAGCAGCAGCAGCACUAGCACCACUAGUACCACCACCACCACCACAGAGGCCAUUCCCAUUGUGGCAACGAGAGCACCACGCGUGGAACGAAUCUUUAAUUCGGAUGGAGUUGAGGUGCUGUACGGUUACUCAUCAGUGGUGCGAACGAAUGGCGUUUAAUGCCGCAUGACAUACAAAUUACCAAAAAUUACCUUGUCAAGGUCAACUUGCCAUACAAAUCUAAUUUUUCGAAGAAGCAGCGAAAGCUCCAAAUUCUAAGCGAGCUAAAUAUUAAAAUAUUGUGAUAAACUGAAACAAAAGAAAAAAAAGGAAAAUAAAACUGAAAACACAACAAAAAACUGUAAAUUAAAUGAAAUAUGAAUAAUAUUGUGCAAAAUGUGGUGUGGCUGGAGAAACGAUUUUUUUUUAAAUUAUAAAUAAAACAUGAAUUACUGAAUUCCAAUAAAACAUUUCGUAUUUGA